AUGAACAAGCAACGACAAGAUUCGACUCAUCUUGAACCAGUCAAAGUGGGUGGUCCUCAACAAUCGAAACGACCACGUACAUCAACUGCAUGCGUCCGAUGUCAUCUGAAAAAGGUGCGUUGUGAUGGUCGUCGACCUAAUUGUGAUCGUUGCGCUGCCAACGAAAAGAUGUGCGCAUACCCAACUCGACGUCGUUCACGCAACACACAACCUACGGAUGUAGAUCCAUUCAUCGAUGAUUUAUCACAACUUGAAACUCGCAUUCGAGCCAUUGAAAGUGAGCAAGAAGCUUUAUGGGAUUUGAUGCAACGCUAUGAUACUUCGGAUGACUUGGUACCACGCAUGGUGAUGAUUGAUCAAGAAGUACAAACCUCUCGAGCUAGCUUGGCAAGGCAACGAUUGCUUCGGGAACAGCAUAUUGCUCGUAGCAAACAAUCAGCAUCCGAUAAGGCUAAACAGCAACAACAACAACAACAACAGCAGCAACAACAGCAAUCACGCAAAAAGAGCAUCAAGGAAGAACCUAUUCAACAUCAUCAGCAAACCACAACUGCUGCGGUAACAACACCUGCAGCUGUUGCCAUGCCACCACAACAUCAUCAUCCACCACCUCCACCUCCACCUCCCGCAUGUGCUGUACAAUCGCCUUGGGAAGAAAUGUUUCCAACGUUGGCAUGGCCACCAACAACACAGCAACCAGGUGCAUCACCCCAACCAAAAGAAUGGUUUGAUCAACCACCUCCACCCAAUCAACAAGCACAACGCUUGCAACCCCCAACCAUGUAUGCAUCCUCAUCCACAUCUACUGCUUCAAGCGGCUCACCACCAUUUCAUCCACCCAAUGAUAUGAUGAUGGAUUCAUACGAGUUGAUGAAUUUUGUCAUGGAUGAAGAAUCGCUUAUGACUCAUCCUCAUGAUACGACCACCAACACCACACCCACUACGGCAACGGCACCUUGGCUAGGUCAUCCACGCUUGUAA